AGGCUAUACAAUUAUGGUGCAAGGAAGGUUGUGUUGACAGGAUUGGGACCAAUUGGGUGCACUCCAUAUGCAAUUUCCUCAUUCAGCACAAAUGGGUUUGCGUGCGUUGACAAAAUCAAUGAUGCGAUCCAACUUUUUAACAAGAAGCUUAUAGCACUUGUUGAUCAACUGAAUAAGAGUUUCACUGACGCCAAAUUUAUUUAUGUGAACCCUUUCGGAAUAUUGGGGACGUUGGAUGAUCUAAUUACAUCUCUUGGAUUAAGUGUUGUGAAUGUUGGGUGCUGCCCAGUGAAUGAUAUUGGGCAAUGUAUUCCUUUGGGAACUCCAUGCUUGAACAGAGCCUUGCAUGUGUAUUGGGAUGCCAUUCACCCAACUGAGACUGUUAAUACAUACAGUGCUACCAGAUUGUAUGCAACUUUGCUAUCUUCAGACACU